CGGCACUUCUUCACGUUUGGCCUUGAGGAGGAGAGGGACCAGGCGACCAAGAAGAUGGUGCUCUCGGCUUACCAUGCUCAGGUGAUGUCGCCAAGCGGGGCGGCGUUUGCCGUUGCCCUGCACUUGAUGCCAUACAACACCUCCUCGACGAGGGCAUCAACGUCAUCGAAUCGCAUCGUGCCAGACAGCUACGCUCACCGUGGCCAGCUCGUCGCGCAUGUCGUGACCGCCAGGGAUGAUGUCCUUUCCGUGUACGAGGUUAGACGACGACUAGAUGCAGAAGAUGUGCAGAUCUACCUCCUUCGGACCCAUCGUCUCUUUGGUGUCGUGACGGGCUUGGGCAAAUGUGCCAUUGGAUCUCCAAGCUCUUCGUCGUCGGACCCCUCGUCGUCGUCGUCAUCGGAGCGGGACCGAGACACCCUCGUCGUCUCCUUUCGUGACGCAAAGAUGGCCCUUAUGCAAUGGUCAGAGGCAGAUGCAGACCUUAUCACCGUCUCGAUACACACGUACGAGCGUGCCCCACAAAUGGCCGAUGGCCUUCCUCCCAACUUCCUCCCCAUCCUCGCUCUCGAUCCGGACUCGCGAUGCGCAGCACUGCUCCUUCCCGAGGACUCGCUCGCUCUUCUUCCCUUUUACAACGACACAGCAGCUGAACUCGACGAAAUGCUCGAAUUGGCCGAACGUCAGGCUAAUGGGACCUUGUCGCUGGACAAUGCGCUACCCUAUGCGCCUUCCUUUCUUCUCUCGUUGCAAGAGGCCGACGAAGACGUCAAAAAUGUCAAGGACGUCGUUUUUCUUCCCAAUUUCCAGAGACCGACGGUGGCCAUUCUCUUCGAGCGCGAGGCGACUUGGACGGGCCGCCUGUCCGAACACCUCGACACCUGCUCGCUUCACCUCGUCACCCUCGACCUCGCCUCGGCACCUUCAUCCACCACAAGCUCGCACAGUGUCAUUAGCACCAGAGACUCACUCCCAUUUGACUGCCUCUACAUCCACGCCUGUCCCGCCAGCAUCGGUGGUGGUGUCUUUGUCGUGACGACCUCGGCUAUCUUUCACGUCGACCAGGGCGGUCGCGUCGUGGGGCUGGCCGUGAAUGGAUGGCACGAGCAGACGAGCAAACUAAAUCUUCCGAGGUGGAGAUCAUCAGCUGGCAAGGUGGAACAAGCCAAUGGCACAGGAGGAGAGCAACUCAACCUCGCCAAUUCGCACCUCCUCUUCCCGGAUCCAGACAAGUCGACCUCGGCGCUGCUGUUUCUCGAGGAUGGCGACGUGUACUCUGUCCACUGUGAGCUGGACGGAAGAACGCUGUCAGGCUUGGGCUUGGAGAAGCGCGCAGAGACGGUACAGCCUGCUCUUGCGACAAUGCUGCCAGAGUCGGACCUUUUGUUCGCUGGAAGCAUGCUGGGUCGGUCCGAGCUUCUCAGGGUGCGGCAGAAGAGGGUGACCGCAGGGCCUGGCCAGGCCUCAGAGGCACAGCAGGGAAGCAACGGAAAAAUCGAAGAAGACGCAGACAUGGACCUCGACGAUGAUCUGUACGGCGAUUCGGCCAUGCCCGCCUCAUCGAAUGGGGGAUCUGGAGGAGAGUUCUCAAGAUCCAGACUCGACUGGGAGAUCGAGGCUGUGGCCUCGCUGCCGGCCAUGGGACCUCUCCACUCCUUUACACCAAUGGUCAGCGCCGAAGAGAGCAUCGAUGGCGACAGCGGCGUUCCUCAGACGGCAGCCUGCGUGGGAGGUGGCAGAGAGGGAGGUGUAGCGCUUCUCGAGCCCAAGGUGGUUCCGCGCAAGAGACGGAGGCUUCCCCUGACUGCCAGUUGCGGACUCUGGCACCUUGACAGCGACGCUGCCCAGGGACAGAUGACGAUUCUCGUUUCGUACGACAAAAGAAGCGAGAUUUGCUCGGUGAAGCUCGACGACUGCACCGUGGCGUCGAGCGUGCAUCUCGAUGGUCGGACUCUGGCAGCCUGUUCUCUAGGCACCAAGGCAGAAGGUCUGCGGGUCCUCCGCGCAACUUCCCAGGGCUUGCAGCUUGUGGACGACGAUGGACAGGUCAUCUGCGAUUCGGCACCGAAGAAGGGGAAGGGCAAGCGACAGCAAGCAGAAGAUGGCCUGGAAGUCUAUCAGGCCACGCUGCAGGCCCCCUUUGCGGCUCUACUUCGCAGUGAUGGCUCGCUGAAGCUGUUCAGGUGCGAUAAUACAUCACUGGAAGAGGUUGAGUUGGGCGAAAACUUGAGCCAGGGCAGGUUCAUGUCUGCCAACAUCUUUGAAGAUAGGUACGGGAUACUGCAAAAGAGACCAGAGAGCGGAAAAAAGAGCGCCAAUGGUCACGAGGCCAGGGCAAAGCCCUCGCGAGCGAUGGAUGAGGACGAGGAGAUAGAUUAUGGCGACGAGGAAAUCGAAGAGGCGCUAGCGAAACCUGUCGCAAAUGGGCUUGUCGAAGAGAACAAGCUCUCACUCUGGCUCGCUCUCGUCUCGAGUCGCGGCUCGGUGCAGCUCCACGACCUCGCCUCGGUCUCGCAGUGUGCCUGGCGCUCCAAUUCCCUGUAUCCCUCGCCGUCCCGAUUGGAUCUCGUUGAGGGCACAGUCGAAGAAGGUGGCACGGCGAUGGAUAUUGGCCAGGUCUUCGUCUCGCACAUCGGCGAUCUUCUCCACAUCGUCGUGGUUUAUGACAACGGCCUUAUGAGCGUGUACGAGGCCAACGCUGGGCAUGGCAAUGAGGAUCUCAAUCUGAGCUUUGUCAAGGUCUUUGCUUGGCAUCUGGACCCCGCUGGCCUCAGCGUUCUGCGCCCGCCCAACGGUGAAGUUGCCUCGGGCAUUCGGCCCUCGUUGCGCGCCUUUGUUCACCAGGAUCGCCGCGCCUGCGUCUUCGUCGGAGGUCUGAAUCCUGGCUGGCUAAUGCGGACGCCGCUUGGUCCCCUCAACUUUUUCGAAUGCGCCGUCUCGCCCAUCGAUGCGUGCGACGUCACGGCUUACGAACAAGCAGUGCCCACCACAUUUGUCUACUCACAGUAUGGCAUGGUCGGCCUCGCUCAACUUCCCGAUCUCGACUACACGCUGCCCAUCGCACAUCGUCGACUCCAGACGGGACGGACAUACACGAAUGCUGCGCCUCACCCGUUCACAAAGACGCUCGUGGCCGCCUCUGUCCUUGAGCAGGACUUCGUUCUCUUCGAUCCAGAGAGCGGCGCCGCUAUCGAGGAUCCAUCGAUGGACCCAUCACCGGCAAAGGCGCCGAGGAGCACCCUGGAGCUCUUUGCUUCCGGCUCCGACGAGCCCAUUGACGGGUACGAGUUUGAGCAGUGUGAGGUCGUGUGCUCUGUUGAGCUCGUCACGCUCCGAAGCAUGACCACCGUCUCGGGCCUUAGAGACUUUAUCGCAGUGGGCACGAUGAUCUCGCAUGGCGAGGAUCGUCCUGCGAAGGGAGCGACAUACGUAUUCGACAUUGUCGAGGUUGUGACGAGCGCCGAGGAUCCUGCCGCUCGCUACAGGCUCAAGCUUCUUGCCAAGGACGACGCCAAGGGACCGAUCACGGCUGUGACGGACAUGAACGGCUACCUCGUCGUUGUCAUGGGCUUGAAGCUGUUUGUCAGGAGUCUCGAAAACGACGAGUGGCUCGUCACCGUCGCCUUCCUCGACACGCCCUUCCACUGCACCUCUUUGCGGCGUCUCAAGAACUUCUGCCUCCUGACGGACGUGCAGCGCAACGUGUGGCUUGUUGCAUUCCAGGAAGAGCCCUUCAGACUCGUCGUUGUCGCAAAAGACCAAGACGAGCUGUAUGCAACGACGGGCAACUUCUUGCUAAGAGGCUCAGCAUCGGGUUCGGACAGCGAUGAGGCGAGGACGUCAGCAUUUGCCAUCGUCACAACGACGUUAGAGGGCGUGCUGAGGCUGUUGGACUAUGCACCGUCGGUGCCCUCGACGCACGGGGGCCAGAAGCUGCUGUUGUGUACAGAGUACGGCCUUGCAAGCGAGGCGACGUGCUCCUUUGUUGUGCCUGGCGACACCGCCGACGAUGGGCUUUCGACCACGUCGGAAAUUGUCCUAGGCAUGAGGAACGGCGCCGUCGAGAUGGUGGUGCCCGUCGAGGAAGCUGUGUCGAGGCGUCUGACUGUGCUGCAGGGUCAGAUGGUCCGCAACGUCCAGCAUACGGCCGGUCUCAAUCCUCGUGCUUUCCGCACGGUGCGGAAUGACUUUGUUUCGAGGCCGCUCACGAAGGGCAUCCUCGACGGCACGCUGCUCGAGGCCUUUACCAAGCUACCAAGGGCCCGGAUGGAGGAGCUGGCGAGCACGGUGCCCGAUCUCAAGGGAGGGGCCGACCAGAUCCUGAGGGACAUUGCCUCGUUGAGGGGCCAUUGGGGCAUGUUGUAGUUGUAUCAGCCUUUGUGCAAGCAUCUUCUAAAAAUUUUCAGAC